GAACAGAUCCAUCACUGUCAUCCUGGGAGCCCACGAUAUUGAUGAGCAAGAGAUGACCCAGCAGGUCAUCCCUAUAAGAAGAGCCAUCCCCCAUCCAUAUUUUAAAAGAAAUUCAUUCAAUGACAUCAUGUUACUUCAGUUGGAAAAGAAGGCCAAGCUGAAUGCUGAGGUGAGCCUCCUCAAGUUACCCUCAGUACAUUCCCAGGUUACACCAGGGAUGGUGUGCUCUUUAGCCGGCUGGGGACCUAUUGACCAAAACAUAUCCACAACAGAACUGCAUGAGGUACAGCUUGAAAUCCAAAAAGACGAAGAACGUCUCUCUCAUUUCAAAAGACCAUAUGACUCCACCACCCAGAUUUGUGAGGAGAACCCAAAAGAGAAGAAGAAUGGUCUUCAGGGAGAUUCAGGAAGUCCUCUUGUGUGUAAAAACGUGGCGCAAGGCAUUGUGUCCUAUGGGAAAAUGGAGGAGACACCUCCAAAUAUCUACACGAGGACCUCAAGCUUUCUGCAUUAAGGUCCUGGAUUAAAACAACAAUGAAAUCAUUCAAACUCCAAGGACAAGACUGAGA